AUGUCGACGCGGACAGAUGUCGCCGCGAGCGGCGAGACCGGCAGCACUGCCAGGAAGGAUUCAUGCCAUGAUGACUAUGAUGCGGACGACGAACCAAACCGUGAACCAACAACACUUUCUGACGCACUCCAAUUGAUGCAAGCUCGCAUGCGAGCUUCCGCGUUAUCGACCAGCACUUCACAGCAACAAAGCUAUUCCGCGCGGCCAUCCUCACACGCAUAUCAGCAAAGCUUUGACUAUGGCGCUCCCUCAAGCUGGGCCCCUACUAUCUUUGACCUACGCUGUUCCGAGCCCGAGAGAUUCUGGAAGCCGACCUACGACACGAGCGAAUGCACCCGGCCUCGCGAUCUAAGCGCAAGACCACCAGCUUCAGGCCAGGGGAUGCCCGCAGAUCCGCGGAGCAAGCCCACCACCAAUUCUCAGCCACAGCAGCGAACCAAGGGAGGAACACCACCAGGCGAGCAGAGAUGGCGAGCGGCGGAUGUGAGGUAG